AUGCAUGCUACAAGAUUAGCACUUCUAGCUACUGUGCUACAAACACUUUUCCUUUGCCGCUCAACCUUUGCCGCUGUCGCGAAGGCUCCACGAAAAUCCUGUACCAUAUACUCCCCUACCAAUGGAGCCUACUUUGAUCUGAAUACCAUAUCGCUAUCGCCGCCAGAAGUGAAAGACGGGAAGAAGGUUAAUAUUAAGGACAGGGAGGAGAGCUGGCAUGCUAAGGGUUACGAUUAUCCCGCAAACUUCACAAUAAAUAUCUGCGCUCCAGUCAUUGAAGAUUUGAAAGACGUGGUUGGGGUGGAAGAGUCAAGAUGGGGGAAUGUGAGCGCAUACUAUAGAUUGGACGGGAAAACAUAUUCAAUAGGACAACAGCAAUCCAGCCUCGUUUUUCGUGGUCGUAAACUGUCCCUCAACUACACCGAUGGCUCUCCCUGCCCUGCAUCGAGUACAUCGAAUGUCCGGAGUCGCGAGAUCGCAGACUCUGACAAGGGCAGGGUCAAAGAACAUGACAGGGAUAGUGAUAAAGAUAAGGGCGGAGAUUCAACUCAGAAGACUACGGAUUCGUCCCGGCGAAAAUCUACCCUCAUGUCCUUUUUAUGCGACCGGGAUCUGGUUUCUCCAGCGGCUACGGUAUCAUUUGUUGGAGCACUAGAUUCCUGCUCCUAUUUCUUCGAAGUUCGAAGCGCUGCCGCAUGUGACGGUGUCGCGCGCUCUGAGGGCGGGCUUGGGCCUGCUGGUGUCUUUGGUGUGAUAGCAUUGAUCGCCGUAGCAGCAUACUUCUUAGGUGGAUGUGCGUAUCAGCGAACUGUCAUGCACCAGCGCGGAUGGAGACAGUGCCCGAAUUACAGUCUCUGGGCUGGAGCAGCCUCUUUCUUACGGGACCUCUCCAUGAUCAUCUGCUCCUUCCUGUCCCGCUGCUUCCGCAUCAGCAAAUCCACUGCCGGUUACUCGCGAUUUUCCAACGGCAAUUACGAAGCGAACGACAGGCAUGGCGGAAUUAUCGGAGCCAUUGGCGCCUGUGCUGGCACCACCGGCGCGCAGAGACGUAGGGGGCCAGAUGUAGAUGCUGAAAAUCGAUUGAUUGACCAGCUCGAUGAGGAGUGGGAUGUUUGA